AUGGCGGGAGAAGGCGGGAGAGCCCGGAGAAGGCCGGAGAAGGCGACCCCCCCGGGUGAGCCCGGAGAGGACUCCUUGUAUCCCACCCCCGCCGAGCCCAUACCGAGCUGGAGGGCCAAGGCGGAGGGUACCCGAUGGGCCAGACUGUCAAACGGAGAGUGGCACGAGAUUCAACGCCAGCGUCGCAGUGCCCUCGCGUCCGGCGCGACGCUCGUGUCCAUCAGGUUCAUCCUGGACCAGCUGAUGACCACGGGGCAGGACAUCGUGAUGUUCUCAGGGCUACUGGCGCGCAUGAUUUGGCUGCGCAAGCAGCGCAGACGACGAGGUCCCGCCGUCGCGGCGGUGUGCGCGUGGGCAUCGCGCGCGGCGAUCGUCCCCGAGCAGCUUCGCAAGAUAUUCCGCACGCUGGUAUCCCCGGCGCCCCUCUCCCCGCUCGCGGGCUGGGCGCUCCUCACCGCGGGAGCCGUCGCGCCCCAUCGCGCCUUCGUCAACCUCGGCCGACGCGUCACCGUCCGCAUCGCGCGCAUCCCGAAGAUCCGCCGCCUGCUCCAGCGCAAGUGGCCCAUCUGGGGCAAGCUCCUGCUCAAGAACAAGAUGCGCGCGGAGGUGACCUCGUACAGGCUGGCCAUCAACGAGGCGUGGGAGGUGCUCGAGGGAACCCUGCCCCCCGAGCAGCUCGCCGCCAUGAGACAGGCGGAGUACUCCAUAACCGGGUACAAUUCCACGCCCAACUCCACGGGCGCUGGGGCGGUCGGAGGGGGACGCGACGCACCCGCGGGAGGCGGAGGAAGCACGAGGGACGCGGCGUCCAACGAGGGACGCGGUGCCCGAGGAGGAACGAGUUCGAGGGACGGAGGUUCCGUCGACGGCGAUCGAUCCGUCGACUCCCCCGGCCGCGACUCCCCCGGGGAUGCCGAAAUCGAGAACGAGACGGACUACUACGGCGUCGCCCUGCGCGGGAUCGUGCGUUCGGGGUCGAGGAACUCGAUGGAUCAAUCGUCGGUGAACGGGGGUAGGUCGGUCGCGAACGGGGGCGCCGGGUCCGGCGGCCGGGUCUCCUUCGAUGCCAAUCGGCGGAGGCGAUCGGAGGACGCGGGCAGGGGCGGCGGGAGGGUCGGGAGGGGCGGGAGGGGCCGCGGUCCCGGCGCCGGAGGGAACUCCUCGCGCGGUCCCGGACCGAUCGCGCGCGCGGCGCAGUUCGGGCGGCACCUCUCGCACCGCGUUUUCGUGGCGGCGCCGUCGGGGCUCUACGGCAUCCUCACCGGCCGAGAGUUCGGCGCCGAGCUGACGUGCCCCCCGGCGUCGCAGCUGGCGUACCUGAGCAACUCGCUUCACCCGGACACGCGCUCGCACUUCACGCGCGCGCAGCACGCCGCGUUCUUGCUGCAGUACCACGGCGACGUCUCCCGCGCGGCGCCCGCGAUGGAGCGAUCGAUGCGGUGGAGGGAAAAGUACCGGUUCGUGUCGCCGAAGGACCUGCGUCGGUUCGAGGACGUCGUGUUCGUCCACGGCGGCAGGAGCGCGUACACGGGCGGGGUCCACCUGUGCUUGAGACUCAGCGCGGUGUCCGCGGCGGAGACGAGGGAGGGUUUGGACGCCGUCGCGGGCGCGUUGAUGGCUCACGUGGAGGCGCAGUGGUCGCAGCUCUGCGUCUCCGGGCCGACGCCCGGUAAACUCCGCGGCAGGCUAGUCGCGAUCGUGGACUGCGCCGGGGUGACGCCCGGGUCGUUCCCGGCGUCCUUAGUGGCGCACACGCUGGUCACGCUGGACAGCAACUACCCGGAGCUGGCGGCGGAGGUGCACGUGGUGAACGUGUGGUGGCUGGUGAAGCGGGCGUUGUCGGCGCUGCUCGAGGCGACGUCCGCGUCGACCCGGCAACGCGUCCGGAUAUACCGAAACGACGAGAACGGCGCGGAGAAACUUCUCAUACGGUUCGCCCCGCACUCUUUACCCGCGUGUUUUCCCCAGGGGAAGUGCGCGUGUCGCACGUGCAAGAAGAUGGUCAGGGACGGGAACGUCACCCGACACGCCGACGGGAACCGACGCGAAGGAGAGUUUCAACACGGCGGGCUGAUGGGCCGGUACCACCGGUGGGAGCGCAUGAGCGGCGCGCAGAAGCGACAGUACCUGCGCCACCUCCUCUUCUACUACCUCGGGCUGGUGAUGUUCUGGCCCAUGCACAUCUUCCGGUUGAACGUUCACCCGCUGCUCGUCGCGAUGGUGAAGGUGAACAAAGCCGCGAGGGCGUUCGCGGGCCGGCUGCGACGGGGCGACCCGCUCGCGGUGUUCGUCGCGUCCAUCGUCGCGUUCGCGUCGCUGGCGUUCAGCCUCGCGGUGCUGGCGUGGUGGGCGGAGUACGGCAGCGCGCUGAUCCUGCAGAGCAUGAGGGAUCCGCCCCGGAACUGGGAGGAGGCGUGGAGGAUGAGGGGGCUGUUUCAGCGGACGAUCUCUAGCUCGUUGGAGAAGUCGCUCGGGCUGGAGGCUGGGACGCUGCCGGGGGGUGGGAUGGAGAGGGACCCGACCAUGCACGAGGACGGGGGUUGGGUGCACGCGUGGGGAGGGCUGAGAUCCCACGGCGAUGAGCUGUGA